AUGAACACCCCAGUGAAACGACCCACUACCAACUGGUCCUCUCUUGUCGCCGACAAAUCUUCAGAACUAACCACGCUCAAGACAACAGUAUCCACCCUCAAGACCCAGAUUGAAAACCUGACUUUUUCGAGCUACGAAAUCGAACACAAGUACCAUGAACUUAAACGAAUUGUACGUGAGCUAGCUAACCAAAUCGAGGAGUUGCGGGGGUAUGAACGAGCAAGUUUGGAUGAGAUCAACCAACGGUUUCUGAUCGAAUAUUCCAAGAUGAUCUUGGACCAUGAGAGUAGAGUUAAUGCCAAGAAGGAGGAAAUUAGUGAUGAAGUAGAGAAACUAAUUGAAUCCAGGACUAGGCUCUAUGAACGGGAGAUUUCUGAUCGGGAACUGACGAUCAAACUGAUGAGACAGGAGAUUGCCAAUGUUGAUAAGAUGUUUGUGAAGAAGCUAGAGCAGGCGAAACAACAAGUUAAAGAAAAGGAACAACAAUUAUCUAAAGAAAUUCAAGAGAGUAUCUUCAGGAAUAAUGAGGAGAAGGAAGAAAUUUACAAGGAAGUUUUACUAAUGGAACAAGAAAUAUCUGACAAUCAAACAGCCAUACAAGACCUAGAAGCGCAACAAACCAGAUACACUUCCAUUCUUGAACAACUCAAGGCCAAACACAAACUGAAACAGCCAGAAUUAACUGAAAUAACCAACAAAAUCAACACCCACAAGUCAACCAUUGCCAAUCUCGCUUCUAAAUCCCAAAAACGAUCAGAUUCAACCAAGCAAAUACAAUCUGAACUCAUCCAUAUCAACCAGAACUUGCUCGAUCACGAACAGAUUAGACGGAAAUUACACGCAAAGCUCCAAGACCUCAAGGGUAAUAUCCGUGUAUUCUGUCGUAUCCGACCAUUGCUCCCUGGCCAAUCACCAGCCAGUAUCACAGUUCCUGAUGAUGAACUUGAUGAAGAUGCAAAACAGGAAAUCAUCGUAGCUAGACAACUGAGUGACAAACUCAAAUUUCUGUUUGAUAAAGUGUUUCCCACGACUUCUGACAAUACCGUUAUAUUUGAAGAGAUAUCUCAAUUGAUUCAAUGUUCAUUGGAUGGAAGCAAGGUGUGUGUGUUUGCGUAUGGACAAACUGGAUCUGGGAAGACCUAUACUAUGUCACAUACCAAUGAUGGGAUGAUUCCAUUGAGUAUAACCAAGAUAUUCAACGAUAUAGAAGAACUAAAAACCCAUGGCUGGGAAUAUACCAUUCACGGACAAUUCCUUGAAAUUUACAAUGAUACAAUCAUAGAUCUACUCGGGUCCGAUGAAGGAAAGCACGAAAUUAAACAUGAUGAUACGAACCAAACUACAAAAGUCACUAAUGCAACCACAGUACAGAUUAGUUCAAAACAUCAGGCAAUUGAUUUGCUUAAUCAUGCCAACACACAUCGAUCCACAGCAUCUACCAAGGCCAAUGAACGAUCCUCUCGAUCACAUUCCAUCUUUAUACUAUCCAUCACCGGUCACAAUACCCGAACCAAUAGCAGAACUUCCGGAACACUCAACCUUAUUGACUUGGCAGGUUCGGAAAGAUUGGCAGUUUCAAAAGCAGAAGGAGACAGGCUUCGAGAAACUCAAGCAAUCAACAAAUCAUUGUCUAACUUAGGUGAUGUCAUCCACGCAUUACGUCAAGGAGAUGCACACGUUCCAUAUAGAAAUUCAAAAUUGACAUAUUUGUUAAAGCAUAGUUUGGGAAAUAAGACCCUAAUGUUUGUUUGUGUGGGUCUGGGUAUUCAUGAAGUUAAUGAAACUGUUAAUUCCUUGAGGUUUGCUAGUAAGGUAAAUAGCACUCGGGCGGUUACUCCCACUGAGAGAUAG